CCCGCUCCCCAGUUUUCCCAGGUACCCCCCAGUUCAAAGUCAGUCUUCGGCCUUUAUUAAGAAGAGCACAGAGGGUUUCCAUAGUCCCUUCGAGGGAUUUUAUUCCGCCAUGUCUUCCCCCGACCAAGCUCCCGCCUUGGAGCCCGCUGGGAUGGAGGAGAAAACCCUAGCGGCGGAUCCGGUCGCCCCCGAGGCUCAGAAAACCCUAGCUUCGGAGGAGCAGGGGAAUGGCCCGAGUCUCGACGGCAAUGGCGAUCCUUUGAGCGGCGGAGCAGCUGGUUCUUCCGGCCCGGAAGAGGAGAGUUCUGAGAAAGCUCUAGCACUCGCGGAUGAAUAUUUCGAGGAAGGAUCGAAGGCGAUAGAGGCCGGGGAUUUCGUGGAUGCCGUGGAUUGCCUUAGCCGCGCCCUAGAGAUUAGGGUUGCACAUUACGGAGAACUUGCUCAGGAAUGUGCUAGUGCUUACUAUAAAUAUGGAUGCGCACUAUUAUACAAGGCUCAAGAGGAAGCUGAUCCAUUGGGUAAUGUUCCUAAGAACAGUCCCACAGACCUGCAGAAGGAUGGAACCACUAGUGUAGAAAAUAGCGGAAGCUCAAAGGCUUCUGCUAGUGAUGACAAAGAAGGCAACUCAUGUGGUAAUAAUGAGGAAUCUGGAGAAGAAGGUAGCGACAAGGAUCAGGAAGAUGGUAAUGAGGGAAGUGAAGGAGAUGGUGAGGAUUUGGCAGAAGCAGAUGAAGAUGACUCUGAUUUAGAUCUGGCAUGGAAAAUGCUAGAUGUUGCUAGAGCGAUUGUUGAGAAGCGUCCAGAAGACUCCGUGGAGAAAGUAAAUAUCUUGGCUGCUCUGGGGGAGGUCUCAAUGGAAAGAGAGGAUAUUGAGACUUCCCUGAGUGACUAUCAGAAAGCUCUAUCCAUCAUGGAAUGUCUGGUUGAGCCAGAUAAUCGACGGAUUGUUGAAUUAAAUUUUAGGAUAUGUUUGGUUUUGGAGCUUGGGUCAAAAAUUGAAGAGGCUAUUCCCUAUUGUGAGAAGGCUAUUUCCUUGUGCAAAUCCCGCUUACAAAGACUCAAGGAAAAUGCAGCGAAGUCAAUAGAUUCUGCAGCAACCAAUGGGGACCCUAUGUCCGACACAGAUAAAAGGGGCAAUUGCUCCAGUGAACCCAGUUCUGGAUUGUCUAAGUUGGAGGAAGAGAUAGAUUUUCUUGGUGGCAUCUCGACUGAGCUUGAAAAGAAGCUUGAAGAUCUGCAGCAAAUCAAAUCAAAUCCAAAAUCUGUGGUGUCUGAAGUUAUGAAAAUGCUUCCUUCCAAGUCAACAUCCGGCGAGAAGAACCUGCCAGAGAGUGCAGCCAGAUCUUUAUCUUCGAGCUCGUCACGGAUGGGCACUGUCAGUGGUGGUUUUGAUUCGCCAACAAUUUCUACAGCUGCAACUAAUGGAGGUGUAACACACCUGGGCGUUGUAGGGAGAGGCGUAAAGCGGGCUACUGUAAGUUCAGUCAGUGCAGAACCACCGCCGAAGAAGCCCAUCCUGGAUUCAUCUUCAGAGAAGGCUGAUAGCAGCACUUCAGAGGUUUUCAAUUCCGUAGCCCAGGAUUCUGAAACUUCUUCAAAAUAGCGCUCAUAUACUUACCCCAUUUUUUGGCUUUCACUAUAUGACUUGAUACUAGGGAACUAUUCUACUUCUGUCACUUGGAUUGCUCUGUACUUGUGUCGUUCCAAUCGGAGGUUUAUGAUGCUGCUAUUUUGUUAGCCUGCUCUGUGCAGAAUGCAUGUGUGUGUAUGGUUUCUUUUUUAAGAGCUUGCUUUUCUAGCUUCUUGU